AGUGAGUUCUCUGUCCCCGCCCCGGCAGCUCAGUCACUCCAACCUGAAGAGAAGGAGAGUCCACGGCUAAAAAUAUAAUAGCUAACACAAGAUGGCCGGUUUGCCUCGUAGGAUUAUAAAGGAGACACAGCGGUUGAUGGCAGAGCCUGUCCCAGGGAUCACGGCUACACCUGACGAAGCGAACGCACGUUACUUCCAUGUGGUCAUUGCGGGGCCUCAAGACUCUCCUUUUGAAGGGGGCACAUUUAAACUUGAACUAUUUCUUCCAGAAGAGUAUCCCAUGGCAGCUCCCAAAGUGCGAUUCAUGACCAAAAUCUACCACCCCAAUGUUGACAAACUGGGAAGAAUAUGUUUAGACAUUUUGAAAGAUAAGUGGUCUCCAGCCCUGCAGAUCCGUACAGUGUUGCUAUCGAUCCAGGCAUUAUUAAGUGCUCCCAAUCCAGAUGAUCCCCUGGCAAAUGACGUCGCAGAGCAGUGGAAGAAAAAUGAAAGCCAUGCCAUUGAGACAGCCCGAACAUGGACCAGGCUCCACGCGAGCAACACUGAAGUAUAGAAGAAGCGAGACGAGGCGUCUGAAUGUGAUCCACAAAAAUGUACUCCUAUUCUGUCAAAAUUUGAAUUUAAUGGACACAAAAAAAAAGAGAAGAGAAAAAAAGAUUAUAAGUCCAAAUCUAUCUGAAAGAAAUGACAAGAUUCACUGCUGCAGACCUCUGGGUGACUUACUUUCCUCUCUAAGACGCGUUAAAUGUGUGUUAGUCAUUUCUUUUUCUCCCCGUGUUGCUAUUUAAAAUGCAUGGACAGAGGACGGCACCCUCCCCACUACAGUCUUAAAAAUAACAUUAUAUAUGUUGUCCUGAACUUAGGCACAUACUGGUACGUUUGCAAACUAUACAUUAAAGCUGCCCUUCUUUUAACACAUGCAUCAUUUGUCAACACAUCUGUAUGUCUUCUUGUGAGAGGUGACAGGAUUUUUGUUAUUUCAACGCUUGCAGAAUGUACGGCUGUGCCACCACACUGUUGACUCGCAGGAGGAAAAAAACAAUAUGAAUGAUGAUGUUUCCCCCUUUACUCUUUUUAGGGAAUACCAUGACUUUUUUUUAAUGACGUGAGCCCGUACGUUCAACAAACGGAAAAUGAAAAAGGUUAGUUGAAUUCCCACACAUUUGUGCCUGUGCCCACCCAACAAUUUAGCAACACGGAGUAAGUAGAUGGUGGUGCAGCUGCUGUAGUUUAGUGUCAUCACAAAUACUCAACACUGGUGAAACGUAUUAUUAGUAUAACAAAAUAUAAAGUAUUUAACUUCGGGAAGUUAGUUAAAAAAAACAUUUAAGCGGCCAUAAUGAGGGACUUGUUCAGCUGAAGAAAGAGAUGUAAGAGGUGUUUUCAUCUAGAGGCGGGGGGGGGUGGUGGUGAAUCUUGUAUACCUGCCAAAUCUGCUGGUAGAAUUUACAUAGUAUGUGGGGUAAAAAAACAGAUUUCAUUUUACAGCAUUUAGUCAGCGGCUAGGAUCGAUUUCUGUCUCCAACAGGUGGGAUUUCAUAUAAUUUACACGAAAUACAUUUGAUUGUAUUAUUGUUAGUACACAUCUGAGUCCAAGCAUGUAUAAUAAUCCACAAUCUACUGGUUUAAAUGUAAGCUUUUGUUCAGCAGAAUAUUAAAUGGAAUUAGACGUGAGAAGCUCGGGGUUGUAACGUUUGCGGUUUUUAUCCUCUGCGAUCAGUUUUCCCCUCAUCUAUAUGAUUUAAUGUGGAGACUUUGCAGCCUCUGUCGGACAGUGUGGGGAGGGCGAGCGAAUCACUUCCACUCACUUUAAAAAAAAAAGAAAAGAAAAAAAGCCAUUUUCAACAAAUCUAGAAAGGGAGCAGAGUAUAAGGAUGUGUGGAAAAUGUCGGGGUUUUUUUGUUUUGUUUUUUUUUCAAAGAGAGGUGUGUGAGCUGUUUUAUUUUUGUUUGUUUUUUUUAAAUGUCUGUUCGUGCUAUAUGCGUUUGCUUGUUCUCUAUUUUAUUUACAGUGUUAAUUUAAAAAAAAAAGGCAUGUACUAUAAACACACUGUUUUCAAGUUUCCUUCAGGGUUGUUGUUGGAGUGGAGGUGCUUCCUUUUUAAAGGGAGAGUUGAGGCUUUUUUGAACGUCUUCUGCUUUCUUCGAUAUACAGAUCUGUGAUUAUGCAAAUGAAUUAAAUCGAUUCCAGUGGAGAGCCUGGAUUUCUGUAGUGGACAAAAAAAGGCCUUCGUUUUGCUGUUACAGACUUAGAAAAAUUAGAGUUCCUUCAGUUCUGCACAUGUGAAAUCUUGCAUCGAAUUCUGGUUUUGAGAUUUGUCACUGACCCGUAAAAAAAAGACGCUUUCUAAAAAAAAAAAAAAAAAACCUGAAACUUUUCCUUUUAACAAUACUGUACUCGUGGGUUUGAGGGAUCAGUGUGACUUUAGUGGGCGUAGACUCUUCACAAUCACGUCGCUUCUGUAUCUGAAGGAGUACUGACACGUUUUGUUGUAGUUAUACUAUUUUAUUUUUGUUCAGCGUUUCUCCUUACUUGCUCUUUAUUCGACGUACCGCAGGCUUGGUGUUGCUUAGAUUCGUUUGUGUCCUCUCCUCGCUCCCAGAAGUAUUAACCAAUAACUCGAUCCGCCGCAUUCACUCAAGUCCGUAAGAUGGAGCACGGCUUAAGACCACGGUUAAUUUAUUGUCUCGCUGAGGAACUUGACGGUAGUCUUAAAAAAAAACGAGAAGCAGUCACUCACUGGAUUUUUGAAGCAUCUAGAUCAAAAUAUUGAGAUCAAACUCAUCAUUAUUAUGAUUAAUCAGCUCCCCAUGUGUAAAGUAAAAGAAGAGUUCUGUCGUGAUUUCAGUACAUUUGCAUACAUGGCUCUUCAAAUACUCUGUAAAUAAACUGAGUUGAGUAAGUA